GGCGUUUCCGGCUAUGCACGUGUAUCACUGCGGCCUUCUCCCAACAUGGCAGAGCAGUGGCCGGAGGUAGAGCGGGCGGAGAGCGAGAAGCGGAGGGAGCUGGUGCUGCAGGGGGUGGAUGACCGUCUCCGGCUCAGUGACGGGCGGCUUCCCCCGGGCCUGUUCUCCCUCUCUCUUCUUAACUACCUGCAGGUGAGCGGCUGCGCGGAGCUCCGGGAGGUGCCGGGCGACAUCGGCCGCCUCGGCCACCUGCAGAGCCUCGUCCUGUGCCAGAACAAGCUGCGGAGCCUCCCGGGGACCCUGGUGGAACUGCGGAGCCUGAAGGUGCUGGACGUGUCCGGGAAUGAACUGGAGGAGCUGCCGUCCGAGCUGUGCCGCCUGGCAGAGCUGUGCUCGCUGAAUGUCAGCUGUAACCGGCUGAAGGAUCUCCCCCCUGGGCUGGAGCGAUGUACAAAGCUGGCCUCCAUCAUCCUGUCCCGGAACACCCUCACCGCCUUCCCCCCGGGGCUGCUGAGCGCCCAGCUCCCAUUACUGGCCACCAUCACCGCCUCCGACAACCUCAUCCAGGAGCUGCCCGGGGACAUCGCUCUGCUGUCGGGGCUCAAGACUCUGGACCUCUCCAUCAAUCAGCUCACCGAAAUCCCCUACGAGCUCGCCGACUGCACCAAGCUGAAGGAAAUCAACUUCAAGGGCAACAAACUGAAAGACAAAAGACUGGAGAAGAUGGUCAACGGCUGCCAGACCAAGUCGAUCUUGGAGUAUCUGAGGGCCGGGGGUCGCGGUGGCGGGAAGGGAAAGGCCGGUGCGGAGAACGUGGUGAAGGAGGAUCCCAAAGACAAGAGGAAGAAGAAGGGGAGACAGAAGAACGGUGGAGGAGAGAAGGAGGAUGAAGUGGAAGAUGUCAAUAAGCUUAUGCUGAGAAUUCUGCACAUUUCAGAGAACCCGCUGGCCCUGAAAGUCAGCGUGAGUCCCACUGUAAAAGAUGUCCGACCGUAUAUUGUAUGCUGUGUGGUGAGGGGGAUGAACCUGAAGCCUGGCAACGCCUUGAAACGCUUCUUGACCGCUCAGACCAAACUUCAUGAUGACAUCUGUGAUAAGAGGACGUUGGCAACGAUUGCCACCCACGAUCUAAAGCUGGUGAAGGGGCCCCUUCUAUACGAUGCCAGACCACCCAAAGAAUUCAAGAUUGUACCGCUGAAUCGGAAAGAAAUAAAUGCCAAGGAGCUUGUGCGUCAGCUGCAGUUUGAGGCGGAAGAACAGAGGAAACAAAAGAAACGCCAAAACGUCUCCGGACUACACAAAUACCUUAAUUUGUUGGACGGUAAAGAAAAUUACCCUUGCUUAGUAGAUGCGGAAAAUGCGGUCAUAUCUUUCCCGCCAAUCACCAACAGUGACAAGACCAAGAUAACCAAAUCCACCCAGGCACUCUUGUUGGAAGUCACCAGUGCCAGCAGCCUGCAGACUUGCAAAGAUGUCAUGGAUGCUCUCAUUGAAAAAAUGGCAGAACUUAAUAAAUUCACGAUGGAGAACAAAGAGGAGGAAGUGGGUUCAGAUACAGAACAUCAGGAAAGCUCAGAGUCUCAAAAUCCUGAAACCUCAGACAGCACCCAGCUCGUGCUGGAACAAGUGCGCGUCGCGGACAUGGACGGCAACCUGAAAGUUCUGUACCCGUCAAAGACCGACCUGAACUUGAGCUCUUCCUCUUUUUUGGUCGUUCGUUAAAAAGCAUGUGUAUGAAAUGUAAUCGUGUUGCCUCCAGCGGCCAAAUUAAGCCAAAGUAGGAAGAUGACGGCUCAAUGCUGAUUGGUUGCUGUAAGCAGUAAAAACUCCUUUUCCCCUGUAAAAGAAACUUGGCAUUUAUAGUUCAUUUCAAACGUUUUAGCACUUCUGAAACUGCACCUAAC